UUGAAACAUGUCUGAUAGAAAAGCUGUGAUCAAGAAUGCAGACAUGUCUGAGGACAUGAAGCAGGAUGCAGUGGAUUGUGCCACCCAGGCCAUGGAGAAGUACAACAUUGAAAAGGACAUUGCAGCCUAUGUUAAAAAGGAGUUUGACAAGAAGUAUAAUCCAACAUGGCACUGUAUCGUGGGAAGAAACUUUGGGAGUUACGUCACACAUGAGACCAAACACUUUAUUUAUUUUUACUUGGGGCAGGUGGCCAUUCUUCUCUUCAAAUCUGGUUGAAGGAAGGAUGUAAACAAUCCUGGACUGUAAUGCACUGAUGGCUAAAGCCACAUUUCUCCACACACUAAAGGAAUUGGCUGUGCAAAUGCAUGGACUGUAUACAGUAUUUAAAUGUGUAUAUGUUGCAGUAAUUAACUUUUUCUUUAGUUGCCUGGAAUAAAUAGUGGAGAGAGUAGUGUAGGAAAUUUUUUGUUGAUGCUUUAUAUUUUCUUUUCUUUUGUAUUGCACAAAUUGUUUAAAAAAA